AUGGGGAAGUUUAUGUUUCUUGCUCUUUCACUUGUUUUUCUCUUCACAAUCACUGACAGCUUCCAUCUCGAUGACAAAGACGUCUCUUCAGAAGAAAGCUUGUGGGAUUUGUAUGAGAGCUGGAGUAGCCAUCAUAGCAUUUCUCGGGACCAUGACGAGCACCCCAAGCGCUUCAACGUCUUCAAAGAACAUGCAAAGUUCAUACAUUCCUUCAACAAGAAGGACGCUCCAUAUAAGCUGAAGCUGAACAAGUUUGCAGACAUGACUAAUCAAGAGUUCAGAAGCACUUACGCAAGCUCUAGAGUCAACCACCAUAGGAUCCGUCGAGGGAGCCCUUGUGGGACUGGGAGUUUCAUGUAUGAGAAGGUGACUAGCCUCCCACCUUCUGUCGAUUGGAGAGAGAAGGGUGCUGUAACGAAAGUCAAGAACCAAGGCCAGUGUGGGAGUUGUUGGGCGUUUUCAACCGUCGUUGCAGUUGAGGGCAUAAAUCAAAUUAAAACAAAGGAGCUAGUGUCAUUAUCAGAGCAAGAGCUAAUUGACUGUGAUAACACUGAUAAUCAAGGAUGUAAUGGAGGCUUAAUGGACUAUGCGUUUGAGUAUAUCAAGAAAAAUGGAGGGAUAACAACGGAACAAAACUAUCCUUACGUGGCAGAAGAUGGAACAUGCAAUUCAAAUAAGGAGAAUUCUCAUGUUGUUGUUAUUGAUGGGCAUGAGAAUGUGCCCGCUAAUGAUGAAGAUGCAUUGUUGAAAGCUGUGGCAAAUCAACCUGUAUCGGUGGCCAUAGAGGCUAGUGGUUUAGCUCUGCAGUUCUAUUCGGAGGGUGUCUUCACAAGACAUUGCGGCACGGACCUUGACCAUGGAGUGGCAAUUGUUGGCUACGGAACAACUGUGGAUGGGACCAAGUACUGGAUAGUGAAGAACUCAUGGGGAGCUGAAUGGGGAGAGGGAGGGUUCAUAAGGAUGGAACGUGGCAUCUCAGCUAAAGAAGGGCUUUGUGGUAUUGCUAUGGAGGCCUCGUAUCCAAUCAAAUCAUCACCCAACCCUGCAAAGGAAGGAGCACCUCCUACUAAGGAUGAACUCUAAAAGACAGAUUGGAUUUCCCAUGAAUGCUUUCCAUCUCUAUCUUCCCUGUUUCACACUUCAUAAUGCAUGAAUAUGUUUGCAGAAUUAUACUAUCAUGUUUAUUUGAAUAGUAUUUUUUUUAAUCAAUGUCUCUAGCUUAAUGAGAGCCUACUUGUAUGAUUCUUCCAAAUAAGUGCCGCUCCUGCUUUGUACUG